ACUCUCCAAAAAGAAGGAAGAAACUCGUCUCUCCAGGAUCUGAAAAGCCAGAGAAUAACUUGAGGAUCAGAGAUUUUUAAUUACAGUGAAGCUGUGGCAGAUGAACAGAGUGAUUAGUCAGUUUUCCGGCAAGUUAAUGAAGGAUAAGUGUGUUACCGGAAGUGGCGGCGGUGCGGUCAAAGAAACGGCGUCGCCGCAGAGUCCAGUCGCGUCAUCUUCUUCAGUGAGGAGGCUGAGCGGCGAUCUGGAGUCGAGCCGAUUUGGCGGGGCGGCUAGCGAGAGACUGAGGCAGGCGGAGGAAUCUCUGAGGACGGUUAUGUUUCUGAGCUGCUGGGGAGCUUGUUAGAUCUGGCGGUGUAAAUCAAAACACGUUCCUCUUUUGUGCUUUGAUUUUGAGCCUUUUCUUUUCUUUUGUUUAUUUUGAAGUUGUUUUAGCUGUCAAUAUUUUUUUCAUCUUUUGUGUAGCUGUUUGAGUUUUCUGUAAAUCAAUGUACAAAAAUGUUAAGUGGUGUUGAAGAAAAUGGUUUUUUUUCUCACAAAA